AUGGAAGAACUUUAUUCGCGCCGGGUAUUGAAUAAAGAUGUUCCACAGGGAAUCAGUAAUGGUGAAAGCAAAACCCUAAAUGGGACCUAUCGAUGGCUCCAAAGGUGUGACCAUAAUGAAUUUAGGGGGACAGAGAUUGCAGUUAGAGCUUUGAUUCUUGGCAGAAAAAUAAAAAGACCCACCAAACCCCACACUUUGAUGUUGCUUCCCACUUACCUCAUGAG